AUGGAAGACGAAUCCCAACUCAAAGGCGGACAUGCCCAAGCAGUCAAAGCCGGCGGCAUGCGCAUCGUGCAGCACAAGAACGUCAACUCGGCCGCCGACAAGCUAUCUGCCGCCGCUGCGGACGAGGCCAAUUCGGUUUUGAAAGUCUCCACUAGUCCGCCCAAGCAGACCGUGGUACCGGUGCACGCUCACAACGACUAUCCGACCCAAGCCGUCCAGAAAACCCACGACAAGCCGACGCCCAGCCACGAGAUGAGACAGCACACGUGCACGAAACCGACCAUCCAUCAGCCGCGCAAAUGA